UAAGCACACCGCCGUGAAAUGUGUGCCGCCGGCUGUGCGCGGAAUGAGUUUCGCCUUGUGUAGCUAACGCGCAAUGACUGCGUUAGUGACAGUAAACUAGUCUAAUUGUGAUACUCGCAGGACACUCAAAUAGAGGGAGAGAUGGCGAUGCUGAAACGCUCGCAUAAUACCUGCCUCGUCAAAGGUCUCUUCGCUUCCUUGGCAGUGACGUGCCUUGUUGGCCUCUACUAUGGCUACCGGCUCAUGGUUUCCAACGACGCCAAGUUCUCGUUUGGCCGGUCGGCUGGUGGUGAACCACUGGCCAUGUCCGACGAAGGCGGCCUGGACGGAUCGUCUGCUCCCGUGCACGUAGUGCUGGUGACAUCCAAUGCCGGGCUGGGAGGCGCCGUGGCGGCCAUGGUGAGCACAGUGCGUCACAGCCGCCGGCCGACUUCCUCACUGCGCUUCCACGUGGUGACGGACAAUGCCACCCAGUUUCACCUACACGCCUGGAUGCACCAGGCGCAGCUGGCACGGUUCCAGUACGAGGUGCUCACCUUCCCGCAGACGCCGCUAGUUGCUCCCGAGCUUGCGAGCAUCCUGCAGCUGCCGUAUGCCAAGCUCUACCUUAGCCGGCUACUACCUUCACUGAAAGGUCCAGUCGUAGUGCUGGAUGAUGAUGUCAUCGUGCAAGAUGACAUAUCCGAGCUGGCCUUCCUGCCGAUUCCCGAUGGCAGCGUAGGACUCUUCUCAAAAGACUGUGAUAGCGUGUCCAGGAGAUACAACACGGCAGGGAGCCGUUACCACCAGCUUCUAGACCUGAGCCGGCCGUCACUACGUGACUUGGGUCUGGAGCCCAACUACUGUUCGGUGAACCUGGGUGUGUUUGUGGUGCGAAUGGCCGACUGGGUGCGGUACAAUGUCACCGAGAUGGCCGAAAACUGGAUCAGAGCGAAUCUCAGAGAGAAAAUCUUCAAGCGGGAGGGACCUCUGGGGCCCCUGCUCCUUGCACUUCACAACAAGACCAGCGCCCUGGACCCCCAGUGGCACGUCCGCAAUCUAGGGGUAACCCCAGGGAGCCAGUACUCGCGCCUCUUUGUGACCAGUGCCAAGCUGUUGCAGUGGUCGGGUCGCUUUAAGCCCUGGAACGCUAGGUCACCGUACUCGGACAUCUGGCACCGGUACUUUGUGCCAGAUCCCACAGGCCGCUUCCGGCCGGCCUCUCGAGUGGGAGCGGCCUCGCCAGCAUCCAGCCAGCGUUCCCCGAGGCCGUCAUCUGCUCAGCCAGAUCGCCGGCUCAACCUGAUCUGAAAAACAGGAUGGUACCUUUGGCCAGUUGGCUAACACUGGUUGUGUUGAGUGCAAAGCUGCACAGCAGACAACAGAGAGAAGACAGAAGAACGGAUCAGGACAAGCACUGCAGGAUUGCCACAAGUUAGGACACUAAGCUUACAUGCAUGGUCCUAGAUGUGGAAAUGGCGCAACGAAAAGGCAAUGGACUGGAAACAAAAGAAAUGAACAGGACAGGUGCUUGCUUCCAACUGAGCUUGUAUGUUAGGCAAAGUGGGAGCAAGUUUUGCAUUCUCUGGUUCUUAUUUCCCUGUCCACAAAUUCUGUCAUGAGGCAACACCUGGCCCCGUUCUUUUCUCCAGUCUGCCAUCUUGCCUUCCUUUGGGACAUUUUUCAUACUUGUUCUCUUAGUUCUGGCGGCCGUGAGCACGCCAGCCUUAAUUUGAAUGCUAACUCUGGUGAAUGAAUCUCAGCUGUGAUUGUCCUUAUCUUCAGAGAUUAGAGGUGAAGUUUCAGAACAGCUUGACUUAAGCUGAAGCUCAUCAGUCUUUCCACUUAGAACUUUUGAACUUGUCAUGGGCCAAACAUUUUGCAAAGGCUACCAAGAGACUGCUGCUUACACGGUGCAACCAGCACCAAUAACAACAAUGACCGAUAGGAAGCGCAUGUACCCGAAGAUUCUUCUUUGCAGGGCCAUGAUAGUUUAUUUGAAUCUUCAUUUUAUCAAAUUUUAACUAAACUGGAAUACUAACAUCAUUGCCACAACUGGUGAUAGUUAUGUACACCAUCAGAGCAAAGGGUUGUGUUUAGUUCGUUUCCUGUUGAACGUCUGUGAGCAUAAAACACCUGCAAGGCUUGUUUGCGACAUAAGACACUAAUUACAGCAGUCCAAAUGACGUUGUAAGCUCAGCAUAGAAGCCACUGACCACAUCACUGUGGAUCCAGUGCCAUUGUUUCGUGCAUCAUUCAAAACGGUGGCUCAAUUUUGCACCCUGUGGUCUUCUCCUCUGUCUUAGCACUUUGAGCUGCUCUCAAAGCCAUACUUGCAUGCCCAUGCAGAACAAUACCCGCGGUGCUUAGCCAAACGUACUGACCUUUGGUAACGGCAUAGCCUCCAAGAUUGGACCUAUCUCAGAGGCCAUGCAGCAUUUGCACAGCGGUGUUGUUCUGUAAUACCAGAUGGUGCCACUGCCACAUGAGUGAUGAGAUUUCUCAGCUCUUGUUUCUAGAAUUGGUCAUAAACGCUCAGAAGGAAAGCAUUUGCAAAAUGUGUGUACGCAGUGAGCAUAUGCACCCAUUAUGAAAAGUUAGAUUGGGAUGAAACAUAGUACGGAUUGCAGUGGCAUUGGUUAUAAGAUGUACAGGCAAAUUAUUAUAAAGAUCUGGAUGCAUUUGGGAAGUCGCAAGUGAUGAUUAAUCUCAAUACAGUUGGCAACCGCUAAUUCUGACAGAACGGGGAUCGGCUAAAGGUAAAAAUAAUUGGGAGUUCGAAAUAUCAAAUUCACCAGAAAUCAAUUGACAAUCCACAAUUGACCAAAAAAGGUAUGCCAUAUUUCUGGAUGACGACUUUUGAAGAUACAGUCAAACCUCGAUAUAACGAACCUCGAUUUAACUAAAUUCACGAUGCAACGAAAUAUUUUAUUUCCCCAUCUUAGUUCCAUUGAAUAAACGAAAUCUCAAUAUAACAAAAUUCUCGAUAUAACAAAGUUUUUACUGCAAGUACAAUUCGUUAUAUCGAGGUUUGACUGUACUUUCACUUUUGCAUGACUUGCAUCAGAUGCAUCAGCAUCUAUGAGCAACGGCAUUCUUGGUACAGUGCCCGGAACGCUGUCACUCAUCAACACGCCUGAAACUGGUCACGCAACACGUCGCAGAAUUGAAAGUGUCUUCAAAAUAAUUGUCUCGGAACACAGCCCAGGUUUGUCAGUGCAUUACUGCGUGCAAAUAAGCUCACGUACGCUUUCCAGCAACUUGGUCCAUUCAAAUCUCGGCCAUUGUCAUGCUGUCACUACAGAUAGACAAAAGUACAGUCAAUGCAGAAAGCGUAGACAGUGUAGCAUCAGCUAUAAGUUGCCCCAUGGCUAACUCAUAGUGAAAAAACGAACUAGGGAAGCCAUGUGCAAGCAUUCUGUUUUUAUUAGGCACUGUACAACUUCUUAACAACGAAACAAAUCUCUUUGUGUGCAACUAUCGUGCACGACCUCUGAGGUGGCAGUGUUUUACAGUUGCUAAAGCAUGAUGCAUUGUAGUCUUGGAGGCCCGGCUUUUGGCAUACUGCAAUGUUCUCACUUGCCCUUAUAGAAGUGGAACACGCUGUUCGCAAGCUGAAAUGUACCAGAAUGGCUGAGUUUGUUAUGCUUUGAAUUUAAAGCGUCACUGGUGUCAGUGGUUAAGAGCAGACUUCAAAACACCCGAUGAAUUAGCUUAUUAGGAUGACAGUAUGAGACGACGGCCUCCAGGAGCAGUCGGUGCCACAGUGCCUGGUGAAUUUUAUCUAGUACUAUCCUUCCAGGCUGGGCUUAAAUAUGCAUGGAGUGCUUUGAGUCAAAUGCCGGCACAGCCUAUUUCGUUUGCCAGCUCUGACUUCCUCUUGUAAUCUGACAUUUAUUCAUGCUGGCCUGCUAUUUCGUACAGAAGGAUUUGUACUUUGUUCUGGACGCAUACUGCAUUGUCUGUGUGCCUCUGCUUUAAACAUUAGUCCACUAAGGGCUGCUUAAGACAUGCUCCUUUAGUACUAGAGUUCUUUUUUUUUUUCUAAAAAGGUCGUGCUUCUGACUUAGUUAAGCAGCAUCCAAAUUGCACCGCAGUCUAGUUGUAGUUUUGGAAACUGCAGGAGCUGGAAAAAAAAAAUUUUUUCUGACAUGGCCAUGCAACCUUAAAUUGUACCCUUUAUUGCAAAUGUAGAAAAAUUGUAAGCCUGAAAUUCCAACAUCUCUUAGACAAAGGCACACAUGCAGUGUGCCACUUCAUUUCAAGCUGUAAGUCUAGGAUAGAAAUUUAAGAAUUUCCUUCAUGGCAUCCACGGUGUCAAAAGGUAUGCUGGUGGUUCUACCUGAAUUUCCACUUAGUCACCUAUGCAUUGUCACAGGACAUGUAUGGCUUAAGUAUGAACUGUCAUUGAGGUCUUCACUUUGUUUGAGAAGCUCAAAUGGAAUGUAGGAGGUGUACUUGAAGUUAUAAACAUCCUUGAAAAUUUUUGUUGCACGCUUGAAUGUUUCAUUAUGGUUGGGGGGGAAGGUCGGUAUACUCCAUAUUUCUCGAUGCAUUUAGUAGUAUCAAGUGAACAUAUUGGCCCUCGCACGUAGAGUUGACUUAUUAACAUCCUACUGGAUCAUUUUUGCAAGUCCUUCAGGUUAUUGUGCAGUCUGAAAUGUAUGGCACUUCUACUGGAGACCACGACAGAGGCAAGUGCAGAACCUUGUCAUGGCUCAUCACUGUCAUUGCGGAUGUGUUUGCAGAGCAUAGGGAGUGUGAUGGUCUACUUAUGAGAUUAUUUUUUUUUCUUCUAAUGGGCAUGAGUAUAAUUUUGUAUUGUACACAGCGUGCCUCCUCAUAUCGCGGGCUACUGUAUGUGCGCAAGGAGACUGUGUUCAGCAGACUGUGUUCUUUGUAAGCAGACGACGCUUGACAACCGUCAUAACCUUGUUCAUCUUGUGAAUUUUUAUUUUGCCUUCCCUGAUGCAUUGCCUCUCUCAAGUGUUGGGCAUUGCCACUUAUUCUGUUGGUGAUUUUUGUUUUGCUCACCUUACUUGCUGAAGUACCAUGCUGUCACCUGUUCUAGAUCUCCACUGAAAUGCUUCACUGUUGAUGCAAGGCAGGUACGGAAUGGUCUAUACUAUGUAGUCAGAGCGUACACCACUGCGAUCGUAGUGGUCUACACUUCUUAACCCCGGACACGUGUCCCUUACCUUCAGUCUGCUGCACGGUGGUAGAAUAAGACAGGUGGCCAAACGAGCGCCGCAGGCGCAUCACCGCACCUCUCAAGUUUUUACAGCAGUCACCAGGUGGCAAAGGGUUUCAUGGCCUCAAAGACGCACACCACAAGCUUUCGUUAUGCUGUAAAGGGUCAGUUAUUAUCACAAUUUUUGUGGCUUUAAACAUUGCUUAUGUUUUUAAUAGCUUGUGGAGGCUGUCUGCCUGCCCUGACCACAAAAAUAAGUCUACCAGGCUCUAUGGAGCUUUAAAAUUUCUAAUCAGCUCGGGUAAUCUCGACAAGACUGACACAGAGUGCCGAUCACAAAGGUUGCAUGUGUAUUUUUCUGGAAGCAUGAAAAUUGUUUCUGGCGAGUUUACAGCGUAAAAAUAUACUUGGUUUUCACGUCAUGCUGGAGGCUCCAAACGACAGGAGUAGAAGCCAUUCUGUCUAGAGAGAGUGGCGUCCCCACACCUUCAUGUUCGUGGCCGACCUUGGCCAGCCACUCUGAGCAACAAUGGCAUGCAACACGCAGUAAGUGCAGCCGCAAUGACCGUUGUAGAUGCGGCACAGUGGACUUCACUUGGGAUGUGCACUGUUCUACAAUGAAUAACACGGUGUUGCAGAAAGUGUCGAUAAACUUCGCUUUUUAAAUCAGCCUGUCCUCCCAGCGAUUUAUUUAAUCUUUCAGUAACGUGCUUGGAAAGUGACGAUUUCUCAAUCCAACGUUUUUCAUUAAUAAUAGUAAAAAUGAUAUAUAUACAUAUAAAUAUAUAUAUGUUAGUUAACACGCCAACAGUAGUUUUGGGAAGACAGUAAAUACUGUUACUGCAUAGUCGUACAUGCUAAUAAAGAAAUUUUAUUAAUAUUGUAAUCAAGAAGAAAAAACAGAUGUACUUGAAUCGGAACAUAUCAAAAAGAUAUCCGUUUCAAACGUGAUUCAUUUGGCAAUGACGCAUUAGUCACCGUAUAAUUCUCAGAACUAAUGUAUCCAUCAAAAUAAAAAAUUAAACCAAUCAAAUAAACAAAGAAUAAACGCGUCUGAAGUCACGCUGCAAGCGUAAAUACGCGCGAAGAGUCCGUUUUAAGCGACGGUAAAUGUUAAGUGUUGUUUAAGAUAUCUCUGGUUUACAGCAUUACGACGCAAAGCUCUUUCUCAAAAGUCACAGACGUAAAAAUACAGUUUGAAUGCUCGCAACGCAUGCCGGCUACGUACUUUCAAGAGCGGCGGAGCGGAGAAAUGAGCGCAGACUACCCCUGCUGCCACCUUACGCUAAGCGGCAGCAAAUCCUGAGCUGUUGCGUAAUGCGCGGCGCAUUGGAGAAGCAGCGCCGUUUAUCCACCUCUCGUGUUUUACUGCCCUGGUCUGAUGUAUGUGAAGAAAUGUCUUCUGCCUCUUUUGUACCUCAUCUUGCUGUAUAGAGGAAGUUUUGUUUACAGUGGGUAUGCACUUCUGAAUUUUUUAAGAACUCUAUCAGCAACUGAACCACUUUCUCAAAAGAUGGUUGCGAGGCAUGCUGAUGAAGCCCACAUUUUAUGCCACAUGAAUGACAAACACUGUAGUUGAGAGAGAUUGUCACUUUUUUAUAUUGCUGAAUGCUGUUAUUUGUCUGUGAAUUAUCUGGCUGUCAUGUGUCCGUGUGAAUGUACGCAAGGUACGUGUUAGGCCUAGUUUAAACAUCUUUGAAACAACAGCCCAUGAAAGCAAGAGAAGGCAAAAGACAAGUGUGGAACUUGCCUUGGUUUUUCCCAUCUGUUCUGUCUUCUAGCGCUAAGAUUUCCUUCUAGGAUGAAUGCAAGGGAGGCAGUAAAUGCUGCUCUAGCACCUGCCCAGUUGGCCGUUGCAUUCUGCAGCUGACAUGAGGUUGUGGGUUUGAUUCCAAGCAAAGGUGAUCACACUAAUGUAAAAAUGCAUGUGUACCAGACUUUAGACACUUGCUAAAGAACCCCAUGUUCUGAGAAUUGAUUCAGGGCCCUCCACUGCAACAUGGCCUCGUGUUGCUUUGCUAUGCUAAACCCCAUCGCUCAAUCAACGUUGUUUCAGCACAGGCUAAAUCUGCACUUUUAUGAACCAUGCUUCUUUGGAGCAGGAUAGCGUUCCUUCUUUGUGUUCAAUUUCUAGCUGUUUUUCUGUUUACUUGUUUGCAAGGGUGCAUCCAAUGAAUGAUGUUGGGUUUUUAUUGUUUCCCAGAUAUAGAGCAGCAUUCACUGCAGUGUAAUAAAUGUUGCGGUGACUUUUGCAAUCAGUGUGCACUGUUUCUGCUUGUUAAUGCCACUGGUUAUUGUUUCCGAUGCUACCUCUGCUUCUAGAUCUCUGUCUCGAGGUACUUGGUCCCUUUGCUUUGUAUAUUAAGUUGUAUGUACAAAUACUGUGUCUGCACCAUGUUAUUUUUUUUUUUUUGUUUCUUCAGCUGUGAUAUAAAUGCAGCCUUGUGCUUUUAGUGUCUUGGAAGGUAGUGUAAAAGGUUGAGUAUUUUAUGUGGUUUCUCAUGCAUUGUCUGGAUCCCAUCUUUCUUUUAAACAUUGUAUGGUGUUACAAAUGUUUUUAAAAUAUUGUAUUUGCACGAGUAUAAUGUGACCUUCUUGUGCGAAAUUUCCAGCUUGAAAAAUUACCAUGCGUCAUUAUACAGGGUGUUUCAGCGAACACUUUCAGAAUUUAUUUAAGGUUGCGUGUGGCAGAUAGCCCAAUUCUCGUUAAUGAGCUGGUCUACUUAAAGAGGCGGACAUUGCUUGCACAAAAAAUUGAAAUGCAGAAUCAAUUAGUCAACAAAAUUCACUAAUUAAGUUUUUAACCAAUUACCUGAUGGCCCAUAUUGUAAUUUACAAAUUGUAGCCGGGGAGUUCGCAAGGCGGAUCCACUUGGAACGAAUUCUCGGGAUGACACCAGUUUCGAGAUAUUAAUUGCCGAACUUUGUGGAGAAAUGCAUUGGCGUUCCAGUUAAUUUUGUGCUUCAGUGCAUAAAGCGACGUUUUGUUAAGAACCUAACUGGAACGCCAGUGCAUUUCUCCGCAAAGUUCGGCAAUUAAUAUCUCGAAACUGGUGUCAUCUCAAGAAUUUGUUGCAAGUGAAUCCGCCUUGCUAACUCCAAGGCUACAAUUUGUAAAUUACAAUAUGGGCCAUCAGGUCAUUAGUUAAAAACCUAAUUAGUCAAUUUUUGUUAAUUACUGGAUUAUGCAUUUCGUUUUCUUGUGCAAGUAAUAUCCGCCUCUUCAAGUAGACCAGCUCAUAAACUAGAAUUGCGCUAUCUGCCACAGGCAACCUUUAAGAAUUUUUGAAUGUGUUCGCUGAAACACCCUGUAUUAAGACCCAUGCUCCGAAUAUAGCUUGAGGUUUCUCCACAACUUUGUAUGAUCAACUAUUAGGCAACAGCACAUUGUGGGAAAGCAAACUUCUCUAGGCCUUAGAAGAACACACAUGUGCAUGCACUGAAGGAAGCGCAUGUCAGCAAAGGAAUGUGAGUGUAACAGAAAUGUCUUGUCACCCCCUUUAAGUUUCAGCCACAAAAAACACAUUUUCGAUGUGGCAUAACAGCAUCUAUUAUCUUUCUCUGCUUCAUGACAGCACUAUAAUGAUGAGUGAUACCCACAUGCAUUACAUGAAGAUGGCAAUGGAAAUGCCAUAGUACAUGAUAGCAUGAAUAUUGUGCGAUGCAGAACAGACAUGUCAAUGCCAGUCAAUGCGAUGCCAAAAAUAUGCUGCAAAUAUGCACCUUGUGGUUGCUGCGGUGUUGUGCAGUGCACGCCCAUGCAUUCUCACCUGCGCAGCACGUCUGGCCUGUCGGUGCAGUGCAUCAACGCAUUGCCCACACAAGCCACGGCACAAGCACAAAUGGUUCCACAAAAGUGCAUGGCCAUAAUGGAUGAAGCAGUCCCGCUAGGCUAAAGCAUGGGCAUGCAUUAUAAGCACUUGACUACAGUCUCACUACAGAUCUUUAGUUCACAUUGUAAUUGUAUUCUUUCAUUGUUCGUUCGUCAAAAGCCUUUCCCCCAUCUGGUGUAUUUAUGCAGAUGCAGUAAUAUGCGCUUGCUUUUGCAAAACUGAUAUUGCCUGUGAAUGUGAGUGAUUGCUGGAAUAAUGUGAGUGAAAAGGCUGUCAUUGCCCUUCCGGGCAAGAACAAGUGUGGCAAACUUUGAGAGUGUCUUGCGUGUUAGCAUUUGUCCACCCCCAAUGCCUCCAGAAAAAGCAAAGAAACAGCAGCAUCCGAUUUCAGUGCUAGCUUUGCACACCUAUUGUGCAGCUUAACCUGACACAUGGCUUUGAAUAUUCUGUUCCUGUUAUCGACCUGCUUGCCCGUAGCAUCGCACGGCUCAAUAUCUUUGUACUUCCUUCCCAUACGUCAGCACUGCAUCAGCUUGCUGAUGAUUGCCUAUGGCCCAAGUCCUGCAACUGCCUUUAGGUGUCAAAGGCUGUAUCUCUUAUGCCAAAAUAUUGUUGACCACUUCUGCAGUGACUAGAAUGGUGCCUGUCCUGCAUGGACUCUAUAGAUUUUCUACAGUACCAGAACUGACCAGUCGAUAGGCUUUGUAGGCUAUAUUCUGGUCCGAGUAGACAACCUACAGUGCUCUUGACAUACCAGAGCAGGCCAGUCUCCACAACUGCAACUUAGCUCAAAGGCUAUACAUUUCGACACAGGUAGUACAUUUUCUAGUGACCAUUUCCUUUAGACUCAAGUUAUGAGGAGAAAUGCUGCUUGCAUCAUUGGUGCUUCAUCUCACUAUUUCAAAACAUGUCGCCUUUUAGUUUCACUUAUGUUAUGAACAUAGUGUGCAUGUUUGUCACAUAGUUAUACAGUCCUCGGGUUCUGUCAGAUGAAGCCCCCACAGUUUCAAAGAGGUUAAUUUUUCAGUCGCUUCAACGAAGCACAACUUGUGAUCAAGGGGUGCUUGUCUGAUAAAGCCUCUGACUAAGUGGCACCUAUAAUCGGGACAUGAACCCUCAAGUAACGUCCCGAUUCUUGGAACAUAUGAGGUAUUGCGAGGUUUUGUUGUUGCACGGGAUACAGGCCAGCUCGAACUACUAACAAAGAGAUUGAGCCCAGGAGAUAUGCGAACAUGCAGCUGUUUUUUUUUUCUGUUUUUUUUUUUUUUAGAAUUGCUUUCUUUUUGUGUAUAUGUGUGUCUCAUCGUCACACAUUACUGGAAGAAUGGUUCUGUAUACUCGUAUCUCUCUUUCAAUAGCAACAAACUUAUGGUGGUUGCUAAGGUGCAGCAUGCAGAUUACAAAAUAUUGUCUUGGCCUCAAACCUGAUAAAAGAGAAGGAAGAAUUGACUAAACCACACUCUACUAUAUCGCAGCAUGGUUGUACCACAACUCUAUAUGAACUUUGGAGGUUUCAGAAGUCUGCACACUGCUUUCUUAUACGGUAGUGCAGUGAAAUAUGCGCAACCCAGAAUUAUUUGUGUCCAAGACUACCAAAGCAUAUUGCUACUUGGUUGUUUGGGGUUGUCUUAGUUUAUGCUUGUUUCAUUGCCACAUUUACUGGUGUUGUUUCAUUACAACAUUGUGUUAUGCCUUUUCUUCACCAGUUUGUCUGCCAAUGUUAGCACCGCUGCGUGCAGAGCUGUGCGUGUUGCAGAAGUAUUGCAAUGGCAGAGUGUCGAAUCUCACGGUUGUAAGCUGAGUGUAAUGAUCUGUUGACGUGUUAUGACUCGACCUGUUUGUGGGCGUGCACAUUUGUUUGCUUGUAUUCAGUGGUGUCACUUUUGCCCUAGUGAGGUGGUCAUUUCUGGUGUUCUGUUUGUGAUGCGGUGCCUCCAUAGACUGUAUUUCGAAUGCUUCAUGAUUUUGCUGUAUUUAUUGUAAUUUAUUUGAACAAAAGUCUAGAAAUAAAUUGUGUGUAAACUUUCCACAA